AUGCUCGGAUCAAGGUCGAGCGAUCAGACAUUGAUCCGGCAACAAGAGGAGGAUCGGUUGACAUCUCUGGCCAGAUCUGUGCGUAAGGAGGAAGGCAGCAAUAAAUCUCGAGGUGAACCCAACCCUAAGCCCCAAUUGGCUUUGACGAAGGUGAGUAAAGUAUACGAAAGAAAAUAG